AUGCCCGAAAAGGGCGGCAAGGGAGCAGUGGCUUCUCGCGAUAUUCAAGUCGGAGAAGAUAUUGCUCUGAUGCGCCCAGUUGCUCUCGUUCCCCUUGGCCAUUCGGUUUGGUCAACUAGCUUUGGUCAAAGCGUUCGCCGGCAUGCCAUCGACCAUUUGCCACUUCGAACGAGAGCUGAAGUCGCUCGUCUGCACGGUGAAGGGAGGAAUGAAGACGAGUUCAUCUCAAAUUUGAUUGACAUCAACACGUUCACCAGCAAGCUUUCAACAUUCGAACUUCUUGGGGCUGUUGUAGUGAAUGCUUCUCGAUUCAACCAUGACUGCCGACCUAACAUGGUUUACAACUUGGAUUCGCGCACCCAGAUUUUACGAAUGAGGGCUUUCAAGCCGAUUGCAAAGGGCGAGGAGCUAACGAUAAGCUAUCGCUCCCUAGAAAUGAACGGGAAAGAGAGACGAGAGAGCAUCAAGAGGGAAUAUGGGUUUGAUUGCGCUUGCUCACACUGCCGGAUGAGCUCCGAACUUCAAGAGCAGUCAGAUGAACGGGUUUCGCGGAUAACGCAGUUUCGAUACAAAGCCUACGCGGACUCUGAUGAUAGUCGGUUUUCGGCUGAAGAGGUCCAGGAGUUCCUCAGCCUUUGCGAAACGGAAAAUAUACCUUCCUGCUUGGUAACCGCUAACUUGCUUGCUGCGGGGUUUUACAACUCGCAAGGCCAGUACCAGAAAGUCAAAGAGCAUGCUGAAGUGGCGAAGAGACUUGGGAUUCUCACUUGGGGUUCAACUUGGGAUGAGCUUCAAGAAGUGGAGCUACUUCUCCACGCGCCUGCACAACACCCUUCACAUUUUAGUAGAGGAUGA